AGGCGGCCCUCACACGGUUGAUCAUUCACUAGUAGAAGGUGAAUCCAUCGUCUGAGGGACCGACCAGCAUCACCAACGCCCGGCCCAGUCCCUCCAGUGCGGGUCGUGAUUCAGGAGCUCGUAGUCCUCACCCACCGUAUGAGUUAGCGUCUUUUUAACACUGUGCCAGCUAGCUCUCUCUGGGUUUGGACCUACACGACGGUGACUUCGACUGUUUCCACUUGCUUUUAAACGAAAAAUGGCAACCCAAAUCGACAAAGAGGCUUGCAGAGAUGCGUACAACCAGGUCAGAGACGAUAACACGGACGUGAAUUGGGCUGCGUUCAAGUACGAGGGCUCCAUGAUCCUGCCCGCAGGACAAGGGGCGGACUAUGAGGACUUUAAGAGCAUGUGCACAGAGGACGCCCGUCUGUUUGCCUUUGUCCGGAUCACGAUGGGGGACGCCAUGAGCAAACGGGCCAAGUUCACCUUAAUCACCUGGAUCGGGGAGAACAUCAGCGGGCUGCAGCGCGCCAAGAUCAGCACCGACAAGGCGCUGGUCAAAGAGAUUGUGCAGAACUUUGCCAAGGAGUUCAUGUUCAGUGACCCGAGGGAACUGGACGCGGACAACAUCCGCACAGAGCUGAAGAAGGCCGGCGGAGCCAACUACGACGCUCAGGCCGAGUAGAGCAGUGCCAUGGUCCACUGGACGG